CUUCAAACAAAAUUGAGAAUGAUCUGAACAGACGACAACAAUGUCUAGAGUUCGGUAUGAUUGGUCCAGACUCUGUACCGAUCUUCUGAGAUCAAUCCUCGAAAACUUGACUACUAACGAUUUUCAUCGGGCAAGAACCGUCUGCUCAAGCUGGUACUCUGUCUCCACAACAUGUGCGCGACCUCUGUAUCCAUGGCGAAUCCUAUUACGUAAGUCUUCUACUCUGUUAUUCGAUCCUGAACAAGACAAAACUCUCGAAACCGAACAUCCAGGAACCGACUUCUCGAAUAGCUGUGUCGUGGCUAGUUGUAGCAACUGGCUCUUUAUCAUUGAGCCUCGUCUCAGUUUGUAUCUUUUAAAUGUGUUUACUUGCGAGAGAAUCAAUCUUCCAUCGUUGGAGUCAUUGCUUCUAGGUCAAGCUUGCUUUGUUAGUAACACAACCUCUUCGAAUAUAUCUGCUUGUCUUUGGAUGAACGAGAGAACAGGGGACUAUGUUGUGGCUUGGAGUUACAAAGAACAUUACUUGUUCUUACACAAGAAAGGUGAUGAUUCCUGGUGUAACCUUAAAGGCAUACGGUGUAGGUCCAUGGCGUAUAAGGACUACAAGCUUUAUGUGUUUACAUCUGAUGACUCCAUCAAGGUUCUUGAUUUGUCUGGAGAUUUGAUUAAUGAGAUUGUAGACGGGAAUCCAUAUGCUAAUCAUAGGUUUCACUUUGUUUUGCAACGUGGGGAAAACGUGUGGAAGAAGAAAGUAGCGGUUACGAACUCGGGAGAGGUCUUGAUUGUUAUGAGCUUAAAAGGGUUACAAGAGAAACGUUUGUUUUACAUUUUUAAGAUGGAUGUUGAAAGUGGUAAAUGGGAAAGAGUAGAUACUCUUGGAGGUGAGGUGUUGAUAUUUGGACAUGGAGUCACAGUAAGAUCUCCGAUCAAAGAGAUUAACGGUGAGGGAAUCAAGAGUGAUUCAAUCUGUUUCAUUGAUUAUGAUCUUUGGCCAGGUGCAGAAUAUUUUAAUCCCGGGAGGCAAAUUAAAUGCGGUAUCUUCGAUCUUGCCACAAGUACAAUCACAUGGCCUAUAACAUCAGAUGCUUCAGUCUUAAAUAGCUUCUGGUUUGUUCCGGGGUAUGCUUAAAGUCCUAAUCUGAAGAAGGGUUUCAACUUAGAGUCUAGUCUUAAAAAGACUUAUCAGCUGAAGAAUGACAUCUGCUUUGUGGAUUUGUUGAAUCACUUCGAUAGGGUUUUACUGAUUGUCUUUGUAUUUUCGGGUUUAUCAUAUAUGCUUUUGUAAGGAAAUAUGCGGCUUAGAUAUUGGUUGCAAGAAAACUUUAUUUAAAAAAAAACUACCAAACUCAAUCCCAAUCAAGCUA